AUGUUCAAAAUGUUGAACGACAGUCCUGUGUUAAAAACCCAUCCAAUAACUGAAGACUUCAUCAUAUCAACGAACGUAUUAGGAUUGGGAAUUAAUGGGAAAGUUACGGAAUGCUACUCCAGAUUUAAUAAUCAGAAAUGUGCUUUGAAGAUAUUAAAAGAUACACCGAAAGCAAGGAGAGAGAUAGAUCUACAUUACAAGGCCUCUUCAUGCGAGUACAUCGUAAAGAUUUAUGACAUUUAUGAAAAUUAUUACAACAGUCACAAGUGUUUACUAAUCGUUAUGGAAUGCAUGGAAGGCGGGGAGUUAUUCAACAGAAUUCAGCAGAGGGCAGAUGCUGCUUUCACUGAACGAGAAGCUGCCAAGAUAAUUUAUGAGAUAAGCAAAGCUGUAGAGUUUCUACACACAAAUGACAUAGCCCACAGAGAUUUAAAACCGGAGAAUUUACUGUUCACAUCCAUGCAAACGAAUGCCACGUUGAAGUUGACUGAUUUCGGCUUUGCCAAAGAGACAAGCUCGUUCAAAUCUUUACAAACGCCAUGUUAUACACCUUACUAUGUUGCUCCAGAGGUUCUUGGCCCUGAGAAGUAUGACAAAUCAUGUGAUAUGUGGUCCUUAGGAGUUAUUAUGUAUAUACUGUUGUGUGGCUACCCACCGUUCUACAGCAGCCACGGCGCUCCGAUAUCGCCAGGCAUGAAGAAGCGAAUUAGGAAUGGUCAGUUUGAUUUUCCUCACCAUGAGUGGGGACAAAUAUCGAGUGAAGCGAAGGAAUUGAUCAGAGGCCUACUGAAAACAGAGCCAGAACAAAGGCUGACCAUUAGGGAUGUCGUUCAGAAUAGUUGGAUAUCUCAACACAAUUUAGUACCUGCCACUCCACUAGUUUCGGCUCAGCUACUCAGAGAGGAGCAAGAUAUGUGGGUGGAAGUUCAGGCCGGUAUAACGAACGAACUUGCGUCAAUGCGAGUCGACUACGAGCAGGCCAAACUGAAGACGCUAGACGAAUCGAAGAACCCCAUCUUGGAGAAGAGGAAGAAACAGCAGAAUAAGAUGUGA